AUGUCUCGAGUUUAUCGUGUUCCACCACCAUCAACUGCUCGACGACCACCAGCACCACGAGCCACUGGAGUUUCACAAAGACCUACUGUUCCCACAACAACAACAACAUCUCGAGGAAUGAAUCGUGGUGCUCGAGCACCAGUACGUGGUCGAACUAUGCAUACUCAACCGGUACGACCAGAAGUAAAUCAUAAUAAUGCACAUAAUCAAGACGAUCGAACGAAUCUACCAGAACGUACUACUCAUGUUGGUGAUGGAUAUCAUAUGUUUACACCAUCGACAAUAAAACGUGAACAAAUGAGACGACAAGCUGAAAAUGAACAACGUCAAUAUGAAGCACAUAUUGAACGGAAACGCAUGCAUGGUAUUCAUGAAGUACAUCGUUUAGGUGGCGGUGGAUUAACUGAAGAUGAAGUUCGUCAACAACAAGCAGAAAAAUAUCGACGAGAAAAAUUUGCACGAUUAGAAAAAAGUCAUCAAGAUCAAAAUACUCAAUUACGUUCAACAGAUGAUGACGGUGCUACUGGAUGGACUGAUCAAACUCGUGAAGCAGAUCGACGAGAGACGAUGGAUCGAUUUUUAAAUCGUUUUACUCAACAAUAUGAUAAUAUGAAUAUUUCUUCUGAUAACAAUGAAAAUAGAUCAACUAAUAACAAUGUAACAAAUUCCGAAAAUCUCGCGAUACUACAUGAAAUGCUUCCACAUAUUGAUGAUGAAACACUUCAAUAUCAUCUUGAAAUAUAUAAUGGUAAUAUUGAUGCGAUUGUUCAUGAACUUCUUAAUUAA